AACAUGACGCACCGGUGCAUGGGAAGGAGCAGGGAGGAACGACCUCGCAGUAUACAAAUUUAUUAUUUAGCUCCGCCAGUGAUAACAGUUUAAUGCACACCGUGAUUGCGAACGGUCGCAUCUGCCGCAACUACUGCCAGUAGAAUAUCUAAGUACUCUGUUACAACUUGUCAUAUAAUAUGGCAAAAAUACUCGCAAUCAUUCUUAACCUCUACAUAAUAUUUAGUAGCAUCUAUGGUGUUUACUCAACGGAUUUAGGCAACGUGGACGAAUUAAAAUCUGUAGAACUUCCGCCUUGUGCUGCGUGUAAAGUAGUUGUCGACAGUUUUAAGAAGGGACUUGAUAAUACCAGCCGUGGCAAAUUUGAAGGGGGUGACAGUGCUUGGGAGGCUGAGAAAGGUCCUUAUGCUAAAAGUGAAGUUCGCUUAACAGAGAUUCAGGAAGGUCUUUGUAAGGAAGUAAAGGAAGGUCAGAAACAAUGUCAUGCUUUGGCAGCUGAAUCAGAGCAAAUGAUAGAAGAGUGGUGGUUUCGUCAUCAAAAUAGAAAAGAUCUGUUUAGAUUCCUGUGUAUAGAAAAGACAAAGCGUUGCUGUCCAGAGAAUCAUUAUGGUCCACAAUGCAUACCCUGUGCAGGGUAUCCAAAUAAUAUCUGCAAUAAAAAUGGUAAAUGUAAGGGUGCUGGUACUAGAAAGGGAAAUGGUCAAUGUCAGUGUGACCAGGGUUAUUCUGGUGAAGAUUGCUCAAAGUGUGCUCCAGGACAUUAUGAGUCCUAUAGAGAUGGCCGCAUUGUUCUAUGUUCAUUCUGUCAUUCUGCCUGUGAUGGCUCUUGCAAAGGACCUGGUCCCAGAGACUGUGAGAAAUGUGCCAAAGGAUGGCAAUUUUUAGAGGGACAAGGAUGCUUGGAUAUUAAUGAAUGUGUUCUUGGUAAAAAAAACUGUCCUGGAAAUCAAUUCUGUGUGAAUAAGGAAGGAGGCUAUUCAUGUUUGAAAUGUGAUAGAGCCUGCAAUGGAUGCCAUGGUGAUGGACCAGAUAUGUGCUUUAAAUGUGCAAUUGGAUAUAAAAAAAAGGGCUCCAUGUGUGUUAAUAUCGAAGCUUUAGGACGUCAGAAGCAGGAAAACGUAACGCGGUAUGCAACCUAUCUAGGACUGUGCAUCUCCACCUGCAUUAUUUUGCAGCGCAACAUCGUCAUGGCAGGUGCUAUUGGAAUUGUAGUUUCCAUAUAUAUAACCCUUUCGGAAUACAUGAUAUCCAACAUCCAUCUCUAUGACAACUCACCAAACGUAGAAGAUUUCGUAAGUCCAGCUGCCUAAAUGGCAAAAAGGAUUAAAUCAACAUUAUCACUAACUUAAGUAUAAUCAUCAUAAUUCGAUGUGCGGGCCUCCAUAUAUUAUUGUGAGCCGCUGACUGUUAACUGAUAAGAGGUCGUGCGCUGCAUUUUCAAAUCCAACAACUUAUAAACACUGCCGCGACAUUAUGUGUAUGUGUGUUUUAAAGCUCUAUAGAAAUAUAUGGAACAAGUAUACGUAUCCCGAAUUUUAGAAAGCCCGCAGGAUACU